CAUCUAGAUCCACUAUAUACCGCUGCGCCGUUGGCCUCAAGGGAGAGAGAGCUUCCGGAACUCACGCUUGCAGGCCCACAACUCAGUCAUUGGCAUGCCCAUACGCGGAGGACUUCCAUCCUGGAUGACUACCGACCACGUAGGGAGGACGAGAACCUCUGCACUGGCAGGCUGCAGGGAGGGACGAGUUCGAGGUUACGACGCGCCGGCUGAGCAGCCUGGAACAGGGACGAGGAGAACCCAAUUUCACGCAGAAGAAAGCUGCAGAGGUGACUCAAGAAACAGUAGAAUCCUUAAUGCAGAAGUUCAAGGAGAGUUUUCGUACCAACACACCUAUUGAGAUAGGUCAGCUCCAGCCCGCACUGCGCAGCUCAUCUGUUGGACGACGGAAACGUAGGAACCGACCUCGAGGUGGGAUUGGGUUUGGCCGUACCAAAGGCAACUCUGGUUCGGAAGCAGAUGAUGAAACGCAGUUGACCUUCUACACCGAGCAAUACAGGAGUCGUCGACGUAGCAAAGGUUCUCUCAAGAGUCCCAUGAACAAGACAGCGCUGACAUUAAUCGCAGUGAGCUCCUGUAUCCUGGCCAUGGUGUGUGGCACUCAGCUGUCCUGCCCACUGACAGUCAAGGUGACUCUCCACGUUCCCGAACAUUUCAUUGCAGAUGGAAGCAGUUUUGUCGUGAGCGAGGGAAGCUAUUUGGACAUCUCUGACUGGCUAAACCCAGCAAAGCUCUCCCUUUAUUACCAAAUCAAUGCCACAUCUCCCUGGGUGAGAGAUCUCUGUGGACAGAGGACCACAGAUGCUUGUGAACAGCUGUGUGAUCAGGAUACUGGUGAGUGCAGCUGUCAUGAAGGCUAUGCUCCUGACCCUGUCCAUCGACACCUGUGUGUACGCAGUGACUGGGGACACAGUGAAGGACCUUGGCCCUACACGACCCUGGAAAGAGGCUAUGACUUAGUUACCGGAGAACAAGCUCCUGAGAAGAUACUCAGGUCCACCUACAGCCUGGGCCAAGGUCUCUGGCUUCCUGUUAGCAAGAGCUUUGUUGUUCCUCCCGUGGAGCUUUCGAUAAACCCUCUUGCCAGCUGCAAAACAGAUGUCCUGGUGACAGAAGACCCAGCAGACGUCAGGUAA